CCCCCCACGGGCAUCCUCGGUCACUUCCUGAUUCCCGCUUCCUGCUUCCCAGAGUUGGGGAUCCAGAGCCGCCGCUGGACUCAGUCCCGCUACCCCUCGCGAGCGGCGCCCACCCGCCCACCGACAUGUCAUUCCGCAAAGUGGUCAGACAGAGCAAGUUCCGGCAUGUCUUUGGGCAGCCAGUCAAGAAUGACCAGUGCUAUGAAGACAUCCGGGUGUCCCGAGUCACCUGGGACAGCACCUUCUGCGCAGUGAACCCCAAGUUCCUGGCCAUCAUUGUGGAGGCCAGCGGUGGGGGGGCCUUCAUGGUGCUGCCCUUGAGCAAGACGGGGCGCAUUGACAAGUCCUACCCCACAGUAUGUGGGCACACUGGACCCGUCCUCGACAUCGACUGGUGUCCGCACAAUGAUGAGGUCAUCGCCAGUGGCUCUGAGGACUGCACCGUCAUGGUCUGGCAGAUCCCGGAGAAUGGCCUGGUGGCACCCCUGACAGAACCCGUGGUUGUCCUAGAAGGCCACUCCAAGAGAGUGGGUAUUGUGACCUGGCAUCCGACAGCCCGGAACGUUCUACUCAGUGCAGGCUGUGACAAUGUGGUGCUCAUCUGGAACGUGGGCACGGCAGAGGAGCUGUACCGUCUGGAUGAGCUGCACCCCGACCUCAUCUACAACAUCUCCUGGAACCGCAACGGGAGCCUCUUUUGCUCCGCUUGCAAGGACAAGAGCGUGCGCAUCAUUGACCCUCGCCGAGGCACCCUGGUGGCGGAACGAGAGAAGGCCCAUGAGGGAGCCCGGCCCAUGAGGGCCAUUUUUCUGGCCAAUGGCAAGGUGUUUACCACAGGCUUCAGCCGGAUGAGUGAGCGGCAGCUGGCUCUUUGGGACCCGGAGAACCUGGAGGAGCCCAUGGCUCUGCAGGAGCUAGACUCAAGCAAUGGGGCCCUGCUUCCCUUCUAUGACCCCGAUACCAACGUCAUCUACGUCUGUGGCAAGGGGGACUCAAGCAUCCGCUACUUUGAGAUCACAGCCGAGCCCCCCUACAUCCACUUCCUGAACACCUUUACCAGCAAGGAGCCUCAGCGGGGCAUGGGGCGCAUGCCCAAGAGAGGCCUGGAUGUGAGCAAGUGUGAGAUCGCUAGAUUCUACAAGCUCCAUGAACGGAAGUGUGAACCCAUCAUCAUGACUGUGCCUAGAAAAUCAGACCUGUUUCAGGAUGACCUGUACCCAGACACAGCAGGGCCCGAGGCUGCCCUAGAAGCUGAAGAGUGGGUGAGUGGGCGGGAUGCCGAGCCCCUCCUUAUCUCCCUUCGUGAAGCCUAUGUGCCCAGCAAGCAGAGGGACCUCAAGGUCAGCCGAAAAAACGUCCUGCACGACAGCCGGGCAGCCUCGGCUCCCACGCCCACCCGGGCUGGGGCUUCCACACCUGCCUCCACCCUCACGCCAGUCAGCACUCCAACCAGCACCAGCAGCAGCAGCAGCUUGGCCGGAGCUGGGGACUCUGGGAAGUUGGAAGAGGUGACCCGUGAGUUACGGCUGCUCCGGACCCUGGUGAAGGAACAGGGUGAGCGUAUUGCCCGUCUUGAAGAACAGCUGGGUCGCAUGGAGAACGGGGACGUGUAGUGUCCAGCCCCUGCUUGGCAGGCCGGACCGAGCCCUCCCCUGCCCCAGAUCCUGCCGCUAACUCAGCAUCGAAGCCCCUUCCCCGGCCAGGGAGCGGGAAGCUCCGGCCUGGGCCACUUUUAUACUUGUUAUCAAGAAUGAUUUUUUUUUAAUAUACUAGGCAAGAGCUUCCCGUACCUCCAAGGGACCAUCUAUCCCUCUCCCACAGUCCCCCCUAGCCCACACUCCCAGGCUCCCCCAGACCCAGCUCCCCUGGUGGAAGUUGUGGGCCUGACUCUAUAUUUUCAUUCCAAAUAAAAACCUCUUUCUAAGAACUUG